AAUGCGGGACGACUCCCUCGUUGAUGAAAUCGUGUGUAACUUGUGAGUCGGAGCCGCUGACAUGUUGAUGUCACUCAAGUGUUUUCUUCUUCUUCGACCUUCUUCUUCUUCUUCUUCUUCGGUGGUGAAGCUGCCUGUCAGUCGCUUGCUUCGCUGCUUUCACGGUCGUUCCGCUCCGAUCAGCCGGUGUCCUGCGGGACCCCGGACACACACAGCCGGGAGAGGACUCCUUCUCCCGGGGCAGGAGCAGCACAGAGUCCGCUGUUUGUUCCCCGCUGGUCCGGUCCGCUGCUGCGGAGGAGCCUCAACCUCUCCGGUGGUCCCCAGUGACGUCGUUGGGAAGAUCAAGUCCACACACUACCGCCUUGUUUACACUUGCAAGGUUUGCUCCACUAGAUCCACGAAGCAGAUUUCCAAGCUGGCCUACAACAAGGGUGUAGUGAUAGUGACAUGUCCAGGAUGUGAGAAGCACCACAUCAUCGCUGACAACCUCAACUGGUUCUCCGACCUGGAGGGGAAGAGAAACAUCGAGGAGAUCCUCGCUGCCAAAGGAGAGACUGUGAGGAGGAUUGAAGGAAGUUCUGCUCUGGAGAUUGUGAUGGAUGAAUCCAGCAAAGACAAGUCACCGUGUAGUGAAGACACUGAGAAAUCACACAAUGAUCCAGAAAAAAAAUAACAUUGUUCAUAUUAUUAUCUGUAUAUUGCAUUAUGUUCAUAUUUAAUCUCAUAAUAAAUGUAAAUGUUUUUAA